GAAAUUUCCCUUGUAAGGUGAAGAGAGAAAUUAAUUAGCUACUAAAGGCUUGCAAAAUGGAGAUCCAAGAGUCAUGGCUGGAUACGAGGUUCACUUGCAGCAAUAGCAAUGGCGGCUGUGACAAGCUCAAGGUCGAUCGAUACAAAUCCGGAGCAACUCAUUCCCUCCAAUGUUUCAGGGUCCUGACAAAAAACGUUGUCCUUGAAGGUUGGUCGGAGGUUGAGAAGCGCUUUGACGGGUUGGCAAUUGAGGGAAAACUACUCAAGACUCGCUUCAACGAAUGCAUAGGAAUGAGCGAGUUGAAGGAUUUUGCUUGUAAGUUGUUUGAUGCAUUAGCUCGUCGUCGAGGCAUAACAUCAGCUUCCAUAACCAAAGAUGAGUUGCGUGAAAUUUGGGAGCAGAUUACAAAUCAAAGCUUUGAUUCAAGGGUUCAGACCUUUUUUGACUUGGUAGACAAGAAUGCUGAUGGACGAAUUAAUGAAGAACAAGUAAAAGAGAUUAUCUCCCUUAGUGCUUCAUCUAAUAAGUUGUCAAAAAUACAAGAACGCUCUGGGGAAUAUGCUUCCCUUAUCAUGGAGGAGCUGGAUCCGGACAACCUUGGAUACAUUGAGUUGUACAGCUUGGAAAUGCUUCUAUUGCAAGCCUCAGCACAAUCAACCACAGAUAGUAAGGUGGUGAGUCAAAUGUUGAGCCAAAAGUUUGUUCCUACCAAAGAGAGGAACCCCAUCAAGCGGGGGCUCCAAGCACUAGCAUACUUUAUACAGGACAAUUGGAAACGUAUUUGGGUUAUGGCCCUGUGGCUCUCUAUUUGUGUAGCACUUUUCACUUGGAAAUUUUUCCAGUACAAAAACCGUGCCGUAUUCGAUGUCAUGGGAUAUUGUGUUGUAGUAGCUAAGGGUGGCGCUGAGACACUCAAAUUUAACAUGGCCUUAAUCUUGUUUCCCAUCUGUAGAAACACCAUAACUUGGCUCAGAAGCAAGACCAAGUUAGGAAUGGUAGUCCCAUUUGAUGACAACGUUAACUUUCAUAAGGUUAUCGCUUUCGGCAUUGCAAUUGGGAUUGGAUUGCAUGCAGUUGCACAUUUGACUUGUGACUUCCCAAGGUUAUUACACACAACUGCAGCAGAAUAUGAACCUUUGAAACCAUUUUUUGGGAAGAACAAACCCGACAACUAUUGGUGGUUCUUGAAAGGGACCGAGGGUUGGACCGGAGUGCUCAUGGUGGUGCUUAUGGCCAUACCUUUUAUUUUGGCUCAACCUUGGGCUCGUAGGAACAGACUCAAACUCCCUAAACCUUUGAAGAAACUCACUGGUUUCAAUGCCUUUUGGUACUCCCAUCACCUUUUGAUCAUUGUCUAUGUGCUUCUUGUCAUUCACGGACACUUCCUUUACCUUAGCAAGAAAUGGUAUAAGAAUACGACGUGGAUGUAUCUCGCCGUUCCUAUGAUACUAUAUGAAAGCGAAAGGCUAAUUCGUGCUUUCAGGUCUUGCUUCAAAUAUGUGAGGAUUCAAUCGGUUUCCUGGUACACAGGAAAUGUAUUUGCAUUGAAAAUGUCUAAACCACAAGGAUUUAAGUACAUGAGUGGCCAGUAUAUUUAUGUUAACUGUUCAGACAUCUCCCCAUUUGAAUGGCAUCCCUUUUCUAUUACAUCAGCUCCAGAAGAUGACUACUUAAGCGUUCAUAUUCGAACUUUAGGUGACUGGACCUCUCAGCUGCAAGCUAUUUUGGAAAAAGCAUGUCAACCAUCAAGUGAUGACCAAAAAUGUAUUCUACAAGCUAAUACAUUAGCAGACACCAGCAAACCAAGGAUUCCAAGGCUCUGGAUUGAUGGACCUUAUGGGUCUCCAGCACAAGACUACAAAAACUAUGAAGUCCUCCUUCUCGUGGGGCUAGGAAUUGGUGCCACCCCUUUGAUUAGCAUACUCAAAGGCAUGCUAAAUAACAUUAAGCAGCAACAAGACAUAGAAAAUGGAGUGCUCGAAAGUAGAGUCAAGACUAACAAGAAAAAACAUUUUGCCACCAAGCAAGCCUAUUUCUAUUGGGUUACUCGGGAGCAAGGUUCCUUCGAAUGGUUCAAAGGGUUGAUGAAUGAGAUAGCAGAGAAUGAUAAGGAAGGAGUGAUUGAGCUUCACAACUAUUGCACCGGUGUGUAUAAAGAGGGAGAUGAUGGUUCUGCUUUGAUCACAAUGCUUCAAUCCCUCUACCAAUCCAAAUAUGGCGUGGAUAAAGUUUCUGAGACAAGGGUCAAGACACAUUUUGGUAGACCAAAUUGGCGAAAUGUCUUUGAACAUGUUUCUCUCAAACACCCUGACAAAAGAGUCGGUGUUUUUUACUGCGGGGCUCAUGGAUUGAUUGGAGAACUAAAAAGGCUUUCCCUAGACUUUUCAAGAAAAACCAGCACAAAGUUUGAUUUUCACAAAGAGAAUUUUUAGACACCUGUCAUAUUUUUUUCCCUUUCAAUGUGACAAUACAUAGAUAUAUAUAGUUCAUAGUUGGAUCAAAUUUGCAGUAGAGCUACAUGUUUAGCUAGGUGCUUUUGCCAAGUGAUAUUGUCUUCACAUGUAGUAUGAAGUGGAUCGUGAAGUUGAGUGCUCUUAGAUAAAUCAUCAAUUAACUAUGAGUUAUCUAUUUAUGUAAUAAUUUUGUAGAAUAAAUAUGAUUUUUUCCUCUUUUCGUUUC